AUGGUGUGGAUGGGGGGGUGUGGUGGGUGUGGUGGGUGUGCUAGCCUCACACCCCAGCGUUCCCGAUCUCCUCCCCACUCCGUUCUCUUCCACGAAGUCAGGACAGGUCUACGCCCUGUGGAGGAUGGAUCCGCCUUUAUAGGUGGUGAACUAAGAUUCUGACGAUAUAUUUGAAUAUUAAUAAAAUUUUUUUUUAAAUCAUUUUUGUCUGCCC